AUGAUGUCCCCAGCAUCCAUCCUGGCCGCGACUUUGGCUGUCGCUCUGUCCGUCAAUACUGUGCAAGCUCACGGCUACGUUGAGAAACCCGAGUCUGAGUUCAAGGACAAGAUAUCAUCGGAGUGGAUUGUUCAGAUCGACCCGCAGUGGAAGGGUGACUGGGAUGGCGCCAAAGGAGACGAAGGACUCGUGGCUCUUUACAAGGAGCUGAAGGACUCCAACAACGCGAAGGACAUCCGCACUCUGCUUGACAGCGACACGAAGCUCUACGGUGCCAACUGCGGAUACACCAACCCAGACGCCACGCCAGAGGACCCUCCUACCGAUGGCACCGCCACCUUCUCCCGUGGGAUUGUGCACGCCGGACCUUGUGAGAUCUGGCUGGACGAUAAGAUGGUGCUGCAGAACGACGACUGCCAGAGUGCGUACGGUGAUGGCACUCAGGAAACGAUCUCGGUCUUCAAACCCGUGGACUACUCGUCGUGUGCAUCGGGCGGAUGCAUGUUUCGUUUCUACUGGCUGGCGCUGCAGCGCCUCGACGGCAAGACCUACUGGCAGGUGUACAAGAACUGCAUCCCGUUGUCGGGCCCCGCUGGUGGAGGUGCUUCUCAGUCCACGCCGUCUGCUGGCGAAGGCUCGAAGAAUUCGCAAACGACCACUUCACCGCCCUCCCCGUCGAGCGGUGAAUCGGACUCCCCUUCGACGGAGACGACUCCAGCGCCUGAGGCCCCUUCGGUGGAUUCGCCGGAGGUGACACCGGCUCCUAGCAGCAAGUACAAUGGGCGUCGGAAGCGCAACUACCGGCAUCCCUUUGUCAUCACAUACUGCUUGUUAUGA